AUGUCUGACGACGGCAGCGGCAAGGCCUCCAAGCUCGAUGGCAAACCAUCGGUCUCCUCUGAGCUCGCAGAGGUGGGCCGGAAGGCCUCUCCAUCGGCUGAUUUUCGAGGACCCGAUGGCACGAUUGCGACGGAAGUGGCGCGGGCCGAGCUGGAGCUCGUGGACAAGCACGGCGUGGCGAAAGGCGUCUACUCAGAGGAGCGCGUGCCGACGCCUCAGUCCCUGGGCGGCAAGCUCUCUGGCUGGCUCAAGUUUCUGGCCUGGGAGGGUGGCAGCACCUUCGACGCCUUCUUCACAUGCGCCUCAGCCCAGGCACGCCAGCGUUGCGCGCCCGACCGCCCGCUCUCCGCUUGCCUUCCGCCGCUGCUGCCCGCUGUGGGCCAGGUCAUCCUGUCCUUGCCGCACUCGUUGGCGCAGACGGGCAUGGUGGCGGGCAUCAUCAUACUGCUGUUGUUCGCCAGUUUGGCCAUGUGGACGGUGUAUCUCAUGGUGGUGCUCUACCUCGACAACAAGAACCGGAAGAUUAAGGCGGGGACCUGGUACGACAACGGAAACAAGCGCAAGAUCGCGACGCAGUACCACGAGGCAGGUUGA